CUAGCCUGUUCACUAUACCUCGACCCACUGCCCGCCAAACUGCCCUAAACGGGAAUGAUGAACUCUGAUUUGCACGAGUUGGCCUCGGAACGGGUCAUCACGAACCGCAAGCGUGAAUGCCAGCGCAGCAUUGCAUGGGAUGGCCUGGCUCGGCAUGUGAAUACAGCGUUCGCUCCAGGCAGUUCACUCCAAAAUGGCGGGCAUCAUCCUCGAUCAAUUUCUCCGCACCGACCUUCUCAGCUCAGCUCUGUUCGCAUUGAAAGAUGGGCGCACCAAGUGAUGAUAGUCAAACCAAUGGCGACAGCGCAUAUGAACAGCCCUCCCCACGUCCGGAUUCAGCAAUUGACGUGAACGACGACUAUGUUCUGACCCGGGACGCCGCGGCUUCUGCGAGAUUGAACCUGUCGCACUACAUAUGGCAGUCUUCCUUUGGAUACAACCUUCAUCCGCGCAUACAGGAUGCCAUUCGAGGCAAGGAAAACCUACGCGUGGCAGAUAUCGGGACAGGCACAGGAAUAUGGCUUCUAGAUCUGGCAUCACAUCUCCCUCCUUCCGCCCAGCUUGACGCGAUCGACAUAUCUUUCGGGCAAAUGCCGCCUCGAGAAUGGUUGCCUCACAACAUCAAUCUUCGCCUCGUCGAUGUCUUUCGUCCGCCGACUGAGGAUUUGGUCGAGAAGUACGAUGUCAUCCAUAUUCGCCAUUUUGUCUGCGUUGUGAAGGACAACGACCCUGCGCCACUACUCAGGAAUUUGCUGCGGAUGCUGAAACCUGGUGGCUGGCUACAAUGGGACGAAUGGGACGUUCUCAAUCGACAUUUCACGAAAGUGUCAGCUGCUCAUGCUCAAAGCAAUAUCGACAAGCUUGAAGAGGAGUUCGCAAACAUGAGACGCUACACCCCUAAACCCGAAUGGCCCCCAAGGCUGGAUGAGUACCUCUUGGUGCAAAAUGUUCAACAGGUGGCGAUGGAAAAGAGGCUUUCCAGUGUUGGACAUUUGGCGUUUAUGCACGAUCUGACGCUGCUCGUGUUUCAAGAAUUGAUCGAUGGCGCUGAGCUAAAGGGGCUCAUUGAUGCGGAAAAGGUGAGAUACCUUCGAGGACUGCUUGGCGGAGCGACAAGAGAGAGUAGGCAAGGUGCUGCAUGGAACCUCACCAGGUGUAUGGCUGUUGGGCAGAAGCCGGUCUCCGAGACACAAGGAGCUUUCCUUUUCUCAGAGGUGAAUCUCCGGUCGAACUUCGCCCGGCAGAUUGCAGCCAUGCGGACGUGAAGUCGACCACGACCCAAGAACUUGGUCAAGCUGUCGCAGGAGCGCACCCGGAGUGUAACCUUGACUGAAGCGGUUGUGACCAGACACGCACAUUGGUCGGAAGUGGGAAGACACUAGCGGAUGGAUGUCGAUCUGGCGUACAACCACAGCAAUGACCAGUUGACCGACCCGGCAAUUGGGAAGCGCGUGGAGGGACGGCUUGCACAUCGAUAUCUUCCCCGCUAAGACUUCGCUGAGAGAAUUUGAAGAAAUGGCAGCGCAUAGAAGGUAUGCUGAGCGUGGCCGUUACCUGUAAAUCGUGUCGUGUUCGUGUCAAUUUUUUUCACAUGAAAACGAGAAGUGCUCUCGUUGCAGAAGGCGACGUCAUCAGCCUCGUCUCGUCUCCCG